AUGGCCGUCUUUGUCGCCGACUCGAAGUUUGCCAAAGAGGUUGGGAGGAGGGCUUUCGGAUGCCCGGAAAUCCGGAAGAAACAAAACUGCUUGAAACUCAACUCCUUCAGCCUGCCUCGACGGCGCAAGGCGUUUCGACCCCUCGGAAAGCCCGACUGCGCCAUACCUCGCCGCGCUGUCAGGCCCUCCGUAGAUAGAACCGGAGGGAGUUGGAUGUACAGAAGCAUGCGAAGUCUUUUUGAGCAAGUUGAAGGAAUACUUGCAAGGGGGAAGAUGUUCGUUCCGACGGAGCAUCCCCUGGCACACGUUUCCAGGAGAGCUGACGAUGGGCCUCGAGUCGCCUGGACACCUGCAUCGGAGAUGGACCCUUGGUCCGCGGAACUCGGGUCAGCACCUGGGCAGCAAGCGCAGAACCUUUUUCAGAACAUCUCUCCGAACAUCUCGCAGAAUAUCUCUCAGAACUUCCAGGUCAUCGCCUUCGAAAUCACUGGCACGAGCAGCGCUGGAUCCUAUUGCUUCCUCCCCUCCAAGCAGCAGCUUGCUGUGAAUGGUGUGGCAUCUUUGGGUGGCUUCCACAAGACAGGGGAUGUGCCAGACGCCGUUCCCCUGGACAUAUCGCUGAGCAGUCGACGUGCCUCCAGGCAGUGGAUUCUGCCGCCCUUGGAUUGCAAGUUCGACGCUGAAGCUUGGUGUCAGUGCUGGGUGCUGAUUUCAAGAAACGGCGAGCGACUUCUACCCCACUCGGCGGCUGAAAGGAUGCAGAGGUCUUCGAGACGAAGUGCGACCGAAGUAUAUGAGCUCAACUUCGUCAAGGAGGCUUUCCUCCGGUUCCGGUCGGACAGCGCGGAGGUGAAUGUCAGUGACCUUCGGGAUGUCCUGGAUCACCUGGGCUACUUGGGAAUCACGGACGAGGCGGCCGCCUCUCUGGCCAAAGAGGUUUCGCGCUUCUCAACCCUGGACUUCCAGGAGCUACAAAAGGUGACAGAGCAUGCCGGAAGCUGGGAGCUACAGCAGAUUGAGCAGGCAUUCCAGAGACAGGCUGAGCAGACGGAUGGUGUCACAAUGCACGUGAACAGACUCUCGGUAUUGAUGUUGGCCAUCCCAUACCAUCCCAGAUUGCAGUUCAUCCUUCAUGACCUGGGCGCUACCUCUGAGCAUCAGGCGAUCCGUGAGCUGCAGGCCUUCCUUGCACUGCUGAGGAUGCCGCGCCAGAGGCCUAUGAAUUACGCAUUUCAUGCCGCGAGCGGGCUGUGCUCUUCCGUAUCCUCUCGGCUCGACUUUGAGAAGGUGAACCGUUUCCUCGCCACGCACCGGGCUGCGCAAUGCUGCCGCUGGGCCAACUGGAGCUCACAGGCCCUCGUCGACAGAGCCGAGACACUCUUCAAAUCCAUCGCACAUCGGGGCAGUGGUGGUCGGCUCGAGGUCACCGUUCACAGGGUGCCAGAGCUCUUGCGUCGGCUCUGUGAGGAUGACGUGUCGGAGUUUGUCACGGAGCUCUGCGACGCUUCUGGAGAUGAAGGGGCUGCCGCAAUCUAUCGGUGGGGCAGCGUCGUUGUUCUUGUGGCUUUAGGCCCCUUGAGGCCAUCCCACUCCAUGAGCCUCAACGAGUUCCUGACCUGGCUUCGGCGCCUUCGCUGUCUUCACUUUCGCCGUACGUGGCAAAAGUACGAGGAGGCGCCGGGUAGCGUGCUCCCCGGGAAUCUUGGAAGCAAGCAGAACUCCGCUUUUCUUGAAAGUUCCUGGGGCCCCCUGGAUUUUUGCUGGUCGGUGACACUGGCGAUCAGCUCCUGCAAGAAUGGAACAGAUGGACAGACGUACCAUGACGUGCUUUUGGGAGGCCACGUGUCUGUGGAUGCCUUGGACCUCGUGCGCAGCCCUGUCCAAUACAAGUAUCGUUUUGCAAAGUGUGCCCUGCUCUCGUAUCCACUAGACUACGUCGUCCACUACUCAGUUUGUGUCUUCUCUGAUGCAGUCCUGGCCGAGGUUGGUCGCCAGAGGGCGGAACUGCUUAGAUUCGAGCUUGUGGAUUCCUUGCGCCGCCUGAUGAAGGACCUUUCCAUGGCCGAGGCCAAGUACUUCACAGGCGUCUUUGGGAACUUCCAGUCCGAGGAAUGCUAUGGCCUCAAGGGCGACGAGAUUUAUUCUUUGCUUUUGGAUGCCAAAGCGGCGGGGCACAGGCUCUUGAGUCUGAGUGAUUUCCUGAGCAUGAUGAGGGCAUGCCGUGUUCGGGAGAGAGGCAUGCUGAAGACUGCCUACGAGAUGAAGGCACAGUGCCAGCCCCAGGCUGUUCGACUGCAGUCUUUUUUGCUGAGGGACAUGGGCUUGUCGGACUUGAGUGACGUCGAAGAGACGGGCUCUGGAUUGUCUGUGUCAGAUGAGGAGGAGAUGUGUAACGAAAGCUCAAGAGCGGCUUUCCGGCGUCGCAGCAGUGUCAAGCAGGACGCGCAGUCCAAGACGCAGGUCAAGGGAGAGGGCCUCGUGGUUCCGUCCGGCGUGCUAGAGGCGCUGGGUGCGGUUGGAUGGUCGCUGGCGGAGGAGGCCCUGUACGAGGCACUGGCGCGUCUCAAUUUGACCCGGAGCUUGCUGAGCUUGGUUGAGUUCCAGUCCCUGGCAACGCUGCUGCGUGAAGAGGAGGCCACGCAGAAGCAGACCAGAGCCGGCUGGUCCGCCUCAGAGGCCCGCGACAUCCAGAGCCUUUACCAAGCCCAUGCCGGGGCUGAAGGCCAGCUCGAUGAGGACAGAUUAGAGCGCCUGCUGUGGGAUCUCGAUGUCAGAAAAGGCUUUGGAGAGCUGAAACAGCUUCUGGACAAAGCUCGAAUGCUCAGCAGCGACGAGUUGGAGGGAAGCAACAAGGUGACCCUCUCAACGUUAAUGCACUUGCUGCGCUUCAUCUCCCAGAAGGGACUACGCACAGAGGCCGACUUGGCGGGCUACCGCGAUCUUUUCCGCAAGCUACGCGCCAGUUCCAAGUUCCGAGGCAAGUCUGAGUCGGGCCUCACGGUCCCGCUCCUGAAAGGGGUGAACAAGCGAAUCAAUGGUCUAGUUUCCUGGCUCAUGAAAAGUGGGGAGGGUGGCUCGGAGAGUGAGGAAUGGGGAAAGUGGGGAGCGCGGGGGAAGGUCGUUAGAGCUGGAGAGGUGGGGAAGGUGUUGGCGAAUGACGAGACAUACAGGCUGCGGGAAGAGUAUCCCGUGAUCGUGCAGAAGAUCAGGUCAGCUUUGGCAGUGCCGAGUUCGGAGCAACAGGCCCUGGUCAGUUUUGGUGUGGUAGGCCGUAGGCUGCCUGGCCUUCAAACAUUCCAGGCAUGUGUUCGCCACUGGAGAUUGCCGAAGCUAGAGGAUGUCUGGUUCUGGUUCGUAAUCGAAGCGGUUAUUGGUCGAAAGGCUUCUGAGCCAUUGGGCAGAGCUCAGCCGGAGCCUUGUCGUGGAGCCUUGUGCAGUGUUCUUGUGAAGGCCCGUACGUUGGCGCUUCCUGCCGAAACCACGUGCAAGCAGCAUGCAAGCGUGAAGUGGCUGCAAAGGACCAUUUGCCUAGCCGGCAUCACUGCGAAGUCCACCGCUCUGUGCCUCACAGGCUGCAGCUCCCGACAUCUCAUGGAGGACGCGUUACUUUACUUGGCAGUGUUGCUUCACGAUGCCAUUCUAUGUCCUGCACCAGCCCAGGCCACAAACGAGGAUCGGCUUGGGAUGCACAAAAGCUGCCAUGACCUUGACCGUGAUCACCAGGACAGAGGCAGAGAUGCCGGCUCGGCGGUACUGCAGGAUUUGCUUCAGCGGCCAGGGCCCGACUUGGUUCGCUGGGCCGUGGAGCAGGCGCAGUCGCUGUCACAUCCUGGCACAAAUGUGCAACGAUCGCAGAUCUUCCAGAUGGCAGGUGCUCUGAAUUCGGCUUCAGUCACUGAGAAGCAGGAGCUGGUGCGUUCCGCCAUCUCUGGCUUUGGGCAGCUGCCGGCGGAUCAGAGGGCAGAGGCACUCCGCCUGGUGGUCAAUACUGCAGCAGCAGCACAAGUUGGUCAAACAUCUGCAGCGCAGGCGCAGGGUGAGGUUCCUCCUCUGAUGCAGAACGUCAUGGUCGUCAUGAAGGAGGCGAGGCUGCACGAGAUGCCAAAAGAGGAGCAACAGAUCCUGGUACAGGAGGCCCGGCAAGAUGCUGUGGAGAUGAUUCAGCCACAGCAGGUUCUCGAAGUGGUGUCGGAGCUGAGACCGGAAGAGCGGCAUCAAGUCACCGAGGCACUCAUUGAAGCCAAGAUCGUCUCGGAGGAUCAGCAGCCCGCUUUGGAGGCAGCGCUGAAGCCAGGAGGGCUUGCUGAUGUGCUGGUGAGCGGCAUGAAGCUGUUCACCCUUGCUCAGGAGAAUGCCUGGGCGUUCGUGGCUGUGCCUUUCGGCGAGCUCUUCUUGGCACUCAUGUUAGGAGUGCUAACAUGUUCUUCCGGACUUAACACCUGGCUCCGUGCGGAUGCCGUGUACUCCCUGCUGACCUUGGCUGGCGCUUGGUUCGCAAGCCAGCACCUGGAGCAAGUCCUUCUUCGCGUGAAAGAAGACCCGAUGGGGACCGUUCGACGCUGGCAGCUGGCGGAGGCGCAGAACCAGACACUGCGCCGCCGACUGGAGGAAACUGUGCCUGGCGUGGAGUUCCAGGCCUACCAACUUGGCGCCCUCGGCGUCGUGGUGGCCGCGGCUUUCCUGGCCGUUGGUCUGAUGAACACGCUUGUCGGGCUCUUCGAAUUACUCGUCACCUUCAUAGCCGGCUGCAGCAUCCUCGUGGUUCUCACAAGCAUGGCGUUCCUGGCGCUUAGGUGCGUGAUGGUCUUUGGCUUGCUUCAGGUGGCAGGGACGCUUCUCACCCAAGCAUCCGGCACGGGCGUCGGUGCGCAGCGACCACUUCUAGAGGGGGGCUUCUCAAGUGGCAACGAGGGCCACUCCGCCUUUUGA